AUGGACGUGGCCAUCGCUCUCCUGGCCCUGAUUCACCUGCUGAUGUGCAUAAUCAGGACGCACCUGGAUCUAGGCAUUUGGGAGUUUCAGGACUUUUGGAACAACAUCACAUGUAAAGCCUUCAUCUACCUGUACAGGCUGAUGAGAAGCUUGUUGGUCAGCACCACCUGCCUGCUGAGUGUCCUGCAGGCAACCACCCUCAGCCCCAGAAGUUUCUUUCUGGCCAAGUCCAAGCACACGUCCCCACAGUGCAGUCACCACUUCAGGAUCUUCUCCCUGAUGGGAAUACUCCGGGACAUCUUCCUCAUGGGGCUCAUGGCCCUCUCCAGUGGGUACAUGGUGGCUCUCCUGUGCAGGCAUAAGAGGCAGUGCCAGCACAUUCAGAGCACCAGCCUGUCCCCAAGAGCCUCCCCAGAACUGAGGGCCAUCAGGACCAUCCUGUUGCUCAUGGGACUCUUUGUGCUCAAGUACUUUGUGGACUGUGUGUUCUCCUCCUCUUCGAGACAGAAGCACAAGGACAAUCCCACUCGCCUGGGGGUCCAGAUGCUGGUGGGUAAUGGCUAUGCUACCCUCAGUGCCUUGAUACUCAUCUGUGCUGAUCAACAGACACUCGGGUUCUUCUAG